GAGGAGGAGGAAGAGGAGAGGGACUAUGUGAAUGUUCAACCAGUAGACAGAAACGACACACAAGAAGUGGAUGAAAACAAAACUGAUGAUCAUGAUUAUGAGAACAUGGAGAAUGAAGAUAAUUACAUAGGAUGCACACUGCUGUCUGUGAGUAUAGAGGACAGAGCAGAGGAAGAUACAGAUGAAACCAGUGAUGAUGAUAAUUAUGAGAACAUGAAGGAUGAAGAUAAUUACAAAGGAUGCACACCUCUGUCAGUGAGUAUAGAGGACAGAACANAGGAAGACACAGAUGAAACCAGUGAUGAUGAUGAUAAUUAUGAGAACAUGAAGGAUGAAGAUAAUUACAAAGGAUGCACACCACUGUCUGUGAGUAUAGAGGACAGAGCAGAGGAAGACACAGACAAACCCAGUGAUGAUGAUGAUGAUAAUGAAAACGACUAUGAAAAUGUAACGGAGGAAUAUGCUGAACAAACUGUAGACAUUUAUGGAGAGGAGCAGAAAUUUUAUCAAAUCUUUUCCAAUGAUUAGUAUCAACCUGGGGAGCCAACAUAUGAGAACUACACAAGAAGAAUACACACAUCAACACUUUGAAGUCCUUUGAUCUUCUCGGUGUGAACUUCUAUUUCAUAGUGUGACAUGAAUCUAAUAUCUAAUAAAAUCUAAU